AUGGCAGCUUUGAAUAUUGUUGUUGAUCCUGUCUCCAAGUCAUUCAAUUCAGUGCCAAAGCCCUGCCCACCACCACAGGAUUUAUUGGCUGCAACUUCACAUGCAGCCAAGUUGGAAAUGGUCAACAAAUCUGAUUUGAGCAAGACUGUUCCAAUGAAAACACAGGCUUUAGCCAAAAACAAGUAA